AAUAAAACUGUUAUUGUUACAGCUGGAAAGAAAAUUGGAACUCUCGCUUUCCUUGAAGCUCGCCAUCCAUGAGGUCUCUAUACAGCAUCACAACGUAUAAUCCCUCUCCUGUCCCCAAUUCCGUCGUCAAAUCCCGAGACCCCUUCUCUCCAAUUCAUCCCUCUACUCAUUUCUUCAAUAAACCCAGUUCAAACCCACCAAAGAGCCUAAUUCUCUGCACCGGAAAGAGAAAGAAAUGGGUCAUUGGGUCCGUGGCAGAGGACAAAGAAUCGGUUCCGGUGAAGACUACCCAUUCAGACCAACAAGAGGAGCCUUUGUUCCCAACUAGCUCUAAGGAUUUUGCAGCUCCUUCUUCUUCUGAAGAGGAAGUGGGAGGUGAUGAUGAGAAGAGGUUGAUUAGUAAGACGAUUAACGCAUCAAUUGUUCUUGGAUUUGGUACGCUUGCAGUUACUAAGCUGCUCACGAUUGAUCAUGAUUAUUGGCAUGGUUGGACACUAUUUGAGGUACUACGAUAUGCACCAGAGCAUAAUUGGGUUGCAUAUGAAGAAGCCCUUAAAGAAAACCCUGUUUUAGCCAAAAUGGCUAUAAGCGGGAUUGUGUACUCAAUAGGAGAUUGGAUUGCACAAUGUUAUGAAGGAAAACCUCUUUUUGAGUUUGACUUGACACGCAUGUUCAGAUCAGGUCUUGUUGGUUUUACUCUCCAUGGGUCUCUUUCUCAUUACUAUUACCAAUUCUGUGAGUCUCUUAUUCCUUUCCAAGAUUGGUGGGUGGUCCCUGCUAAAGUUGCAUUUGAUCAAACAGUAUGGGCAGCUGUCUGGAACAGCAUCUAUUAUGGGGUUUUGGGUUUUUUGCGUUUUGAAUCCCCUGCUAAUAUCUCGAGUGAACUAAAAGUAACAUUUUGGCCCAUGCUGACUGUAAGAAGCUCUUCUAAUUUCCUCUAGACAAAUUUGCAUCCAAGUAGUUCUUUGUUUGACGGGCUUAUUUACAUGCUUGUUGCCCUUGAGUUUAUCUAACAACAAUGCAGUUUAGUUAAAUGACUGGUCAUUGUGUAGUUCAUCACAUAUUCUCUUCAAGUUUUACUCUUGAUUAAUUAUUCCUUCAAUAAAAAGUGUUAACAUUAGAGAUUAUGUAUUUAAUGCAGUUCAGUGGUGAUUUCUAAUUCGAUCAGUUGCUUUCUAACUCUAAUACCUGGAAGAUUAUAGGUUCAUGGUUGGAAGUCUGGUCUAUGAACUGGAUUUUGGUUUUCCUUCACACCUCUUUGCCAAACCCCAGCAAGAAAAAUAUAACAUCCUCAUCCAAGAAAAAUUUAUAUAAAUGAGAAAAAAAAUGGCAUUGAAUAUAAUACAACUCUGAGUGUCUGGAAGGAUUUUGUAAAUAGCUUUGUGGUCAUGGCCUAAGAAAAAAAAAAGAAGCUUUGUGGUCUAUUUAAGUGUUUGAUGAUGAUAUGAACUGUAAAAAGACUAUUUCCUUUUUAUGGUAUGUGCCGAGUGCUUCAAGGACUUAUAAAUAGUCUAAUGGUCCAUUUAGGAUGUAAUGGCAACUUUUAUUUCUGCUAGGUAGUUUUAUUAAAGGUUUUGUUCCUCUGCCUAUUUUCUGCAAUGUUGAUGACUAAUUUAAAUUAGACUCUUGUGUUUGAUCAACUUGCAAUUAGCCAUCUAUUUAUUGGAAUCUGAUCUGAUGGCAAAAUGAUUUGAUGUAAACAAUUACAUGACAGGCAGGGUGGAAGCUCUGGCCAUUUGCUCACUUGAUUACCUAUGGUGUUAUCCCUGUUGAGCAAAGGCUUUUAUGGGUGGACUGCAUUGAGCUUAUCUGGGUAACAAUACUGUCAACUUAUUCAAAUGAGAAAUCAGAAGCACGAAUAUCAGAGGCUACAGUUGAAGCAGACUCCAGCUUAUUAAACAAUCCUCCUAAGCAGGAAUCAUGAAUUGGAAAACCUGCCACUUAGCCAACAAGAUCCUAAAUGUCAAUGUUUGUUUCUCUAAAGCAAAACAGUGAUUAGGGGGGAUACAUACAGUAGAUGUUCAGAAUGCAGAACCUGAGCAUGGAAGGACAUUUUGUGGUCAUUGAUAUACAGAAUAUAAUAGCUCUUCUCACAUGUAUAUCUGUUCUUCAGGUUCAUAUUUAGCACAUAAAUGCAUGAAUUAACAUUUUAUCUAGUAAAUUAAAAAAACUCUUGCCAGAUUUGACUGGAAAAUAGCAUCAACCCAAAAUUUUUGAAUAUAUACUCAUAUCGGCCAGGCAAUGUUCAGGAUAACAGAACUCCCUCUGUUCCUAUUUAUCAGUUGAAAGACUGUUUGGAAACAAACAAGGUUGAAAAUGUCAAUUUUGGGUCUAUUUGGUUAUUUGAUUAUUUUGGGUGUAAAUAAAACUAUGAUCUUUUA